CGCAAAUUCUGAUUCCAGACUUCUUCUACAACUUUGCUGGGCCAUUGGCAAGCAUUUACGACUCUGAAGUCUGUUGUAGGAUCCCUCUUUCUGCGUUGUAGGCGCCUUCACACAGCCAUCCGAACCCCAGUUUCUGAAUUUUCCCUUGUUCAAAUUGUCCGACUCUGGCAGCAUACAUAGUAUCCUAUUGCAGUACCUGCGGAAGUGAUGACUUCCCCUUCGGGGCAGGGGUUGUCUUUUAGCAGCAUCAUACUUCCUCGGUUGAAAGCUCAGUUUGAGAAUUCUGGACAGGCUUCAAAUUCCGUGUCCAAGUCACCCACGAACGCUGCAGCCGCUAUUGAGCGAGAUGUACUGUUUUUGGUUGCCCGAUUCCUUUCCGGCUCCAAAUUAAGACGAACGUUUGAUACCCUCCGUGAAGAGUUAAGUGAAUUUGAACCAGGGACACCACCUUCGGAGCAGGAGUUUCUCCUUCCCACCCGAGUGGAUUGGACCGGAAGACGGCAUCAUCAGACCUACGAGGAGCUGGCAAACAAAAAUCCCCACAUUACCGCCAGCCAUCUUCCUCAACUUAUUGAGCGGCUUACCGCAAUCGCCGGCCAGACUUCGUGCCACUCAUGGCUUGGAUCGCAGAAGUCCCUGUUGGGAAUAGGAUUGGGAUCGCUAUGCACGAACCUCGAUGGCGUGCAUCGUAAGUCCCCAGAUGAGCGACGAAGAGAUCAACCACCACCUUUCCAGAUCCGUGAUAUGGAACUAUCUCAACUUCCGCGACCUCGAGCAGAUAAGCCGUUACGCAUUUUUUAUCGCCGUUUCGAAACGAUGCUGACAACUCGAGGUCAUAUGGCCGCCGCGUACAACCUCCUGUGGGACCGCACAGGUACCACCUUUUUUACAGGUGGCGAUGAUAGUUUGGUCAAAGUAUGGUGCGCUCAAAGUGGGCUGCUAAUGCGAACGCUUCGGGGUCACGCGACAUUCCUGGAAGAAAAUGGGCAGCCAGUGGAGCAUCAUUUUAUUGCUGAUAUGGCGAUUAAUGAGGAAAAUACGAUGCUCGCUACGGCUUCAUCCGAUGGAACAGUCCACGUGUGGAAUGUUCAGACCUGGGACCCUGUCAUCUGUUUGCAGAUUCGCAAGAGCAUCUCGAGAAUCAUGUUCUCACCAUCCCCGGUGGACGAUAACCAAUGUCUGAUAGUAGGGUCUAAAGACGGAAAAACUCGCGUAUAUAGAUGGAUACCGCAUCGGCAGACUUUUGAUCCCAAGCCCAUCAUUCUUCAAACUCAUGAUAAGAGGAUCGAUCAAGUCGACACUCUCGCAUUCAACCGAACGGGAACCCGAUUUGUUGUCGGAGGAACUGACGGUCUGAUCUAUCUAUACAAGAUUAUACCAAAAUCAUGGGCACCUAUCGAUCCGUUUCAACAACAGGCUCUGGCAGAAGAUGGUGAUGAAAGAUUUACUUGCACCUUACUGAGUAGACUGGAGGCUUCUUCUUUGGAUUAUCAAGACAAACCGAAGAAACAGACAAAUAUCUGUGUCAAAGAGCUGAAGUUUAGCCACUCCGGUGAUCGCUUCAUUUCGGGGUGUGCGGACGGCACGGCAAUGAUUUGGCAGCCAGAUACCGUGACAAAAGCUUGGAUUGGGCAGAAACUAUUGCCAGCGGAGGACCAGCAACGAUCCGCGGCCCCCCAGAAAGUACCCGCAGAUCGGCAAAACCAUGAUAGUGCAAGUGAUGUGACAUCAGCAGAGCCUAGCCAGGGAGUCAAUGGAGGGCCAAAUGUGAUGUCAAAUGGAGCGCCUAACGGAAUUCCAUAUUUGGACCCACAAUCGGCUCUUGUCAACAUAUCGAUACCGCCCAGCGUCUCCGAUAACUCUGAGGCCUCAUCAGGAGCACCAGUUGUCAUGGAUGGCAUCCCUUUAGGCGGGGGUUCUGUCAAUAUUGGAGUGACCGUGCAGACAAACGAGACACCGAUCCCAGUGAUACCACCACAGGAGGGUGUUACGGAAGUGGAAGAGAUACCCGGCAUUACUGCUUUGUGUUGGUCUCUUGACGACAGCAGGGUAAUUACUAUUAUGGCCGAUCGUUUGGUUCGGGUGUGGGACUCCUAUACUGGCGAGCUCCUACACACUGUGAAGGGUCAUACCAAUCCAGCUUGGAUCCUGGAUUGCCACCCAAAAGACACCCGUGUGGUUCUUAGCGCAGGACACGAUGGAAAGCUCAUAAUCUGGGACAUCAUCGCUGGCCGGGAGUUGAAGAGCUUCGAGUUCGACGAUGCGCUACUGGAAGCCUCUUUCUCGCUCGAUGGGGAUACUAUAGCCGCUGUGGAUUUGAUUGGCCAAACGCAUCUGCUUGGCGCUGGCAAAGAUUCCUCGGAUUAUACACGGAAUUAUGACCAAUUCUUUCCGAGCGAUUUUACCAUGGUGCGAUUACAACCCGAUGGAUCGCUGCUAGAUGUGCAGAAUAAUGUAGCACCUCACCUCGUUCGGCAAGGAAACUUAGUCGAUAUCCGACAAAGCCCGUAUUUUAUCGACUACCCGGCUUUAAGGCACAGGCACAAGCUGGAUCGCUCCUUACCCAUUGAUCAUGACUAUAUUGUGGAAGAACGUGAGGUGAAGCUACUGCUUAUUGACGAAGAACGACGAAGUGUGCCCUUCGAGCAAGAAAAUGCUUGGACGGAAGAGAAAAACAAAAAGAGGAGGCGAGCCAGAACAGCAGCGAAUACCAGUUGGGAACCAGAUCUAGAGCUCUUGGAGGCCCUUAAUACUCAGGAUCCCAUAAUUCCUCUUCCGCAGUCCAGUGGAGAUGAAUACACGGGAGAAGAAGAGGAAUCGGCAGAAGAUAAUGAUUGGGCCGAUGGAUCAGACAUUUCUGUGUCCGCCGAUGACGAUAACUUCGUUGUUGAUGACGAUGAUGAUGUCGGAGGAAGCAACAUCCGUCGAAAGAGAAAGUCUCCGAAAAAGGGCAGUGGGGCCGGAAGAAAAAGAAGAAAGCGGCAACGGGCAAGUGACGAUGAAGAGGACAUGGCGCGGAGUAGUAGACGCAAAGCUCGAGUUAGCUCGUACAAGGAAGAUGUAAAUGACGAUGACGAUGAUUAUCUCGCAUCGGAGGAUGAAGAUGACGAUGAUGACAAUAACGAUGAUGACCAUAGGGAUGUGCAAAGGGUUGACAAGGGCAAGCGAGCUGCUAAUGCCAAAACGUCCGAACGAAGUAGAAGGGUGAAGGCCACGAAGAAGAAAGCAGUACCGCUUCCAGCUGCCAUCACUGUCCCAAGUGAAUGGGUCUCAAUGGUAGAACCCAAAAGGACCCCAUAUUUGCCACAAAUUGGCGAUAUGGUAGCGUAUGUGAAGAAAGGGCACAUUCAAUUCCUGGAGCAAGCUGUCGACAAGGGGGUUGCGAUACAGUUUGAUGUCGACGACAGUCGUCCCGAAGUGGUGUUCGGCGAGGUUGAUAAGCUUUCGUUCUAUCCGGGCGAUCCCGUGACAUGCAGUGUUAGUCUUCAUGUGCACGAGGAUGAAACCAACAGAGGAAAUCUACUUCCUACUCGGAAAACUCUCAAGCCAGUCUUGAAGGGUGGUCGGAAAGAUGUGCUGAAGGUGCACUUCUGGGACCUGGAAGGAUGUUCUGAUUUCAUUAUUCUGUUUGACAAUUAUGUGAAUGCCAUGCACGGAUUCUGGAAAGAAGGAGACGAAGUGCUGGCUGAUUACUCGGAUGGGUUGUACCAGGGUCGGAUUGAGAGGGUACUGCACCAGGAAAGCCCGUGGUGCAAGUUCUUGGUGCGAUGGGAGGAGGCACCAUUUGAUACGGAGGCCAUGAGUGCAUGGGAAUUACACAGACCGGAUGCAGAUCACGAUGAGAUACCUGAAGAGAGACUCAAUGGGGAAGAAAUGUCCCGCAUCUGUGAAAUUCUCCUCGAGUGGAAAAACCGCGAUGACAUGGCCUUGUUCAUUGAAGAGGUACCUUAUGAGGAUUACCCGACUUACUUGGUGGUGAACCCGUAUCCCAUGUUCUUGGACAGAAUCAUCCAGCGUUUGGGUAACGCUUUCUAUAGAAAGGUGGAGGCUGUAGCGUGGGACGUUGACGUCAUGAUUCAGAAUGCAAAGCGAUUCAAUGAACAGGGAUCAGCACCUUACUCCUUUGCGGAGAACAUCCUGCCCCAGCUUCGCGACGAGAUUAUGGGUGAUACACUAUCAAGAAACAAUCGAAAAUGGUCAAUAUCGUCCGCGCCUUCGACACAUGACAAAAAACCACCAAAAUUAAAGUUGGUUGUACGAGGCUCUGCUGCCUCGGACUCUGACGAAUUCAAUCUAGAUGAAGGUGACCGGGAUGUUUUGUUUGGCAGCGUGGGUACCUCAGCAAGUCACAUGAAAACGCCGAAUCAAAAGCGAAAACGUGUAAUUGAUGAUGAGGAUGACGACGAGGAUGAAUAUCGUGAAUCUGGCGAGGCGGAGGGUAGUGAAGAGGGUAGUGACGAGGAUGAAGAUGCCGUUGGAAGUUCUGAGGAAUCCGAUGGAGUAGAUUAUCAAAAACGACCAUCUCCCAAACGUAGACGAAGCCAGCUGAAUGACGAUGAUUCGGAAUAUCAGAGGAGUCCCCGGAAACGGAACACUACGCGAACACGUCGCGAGUCCAUCAACGAUGUGGUUCAAUUACCAUCCCCUCCCGCGAACGAUGGGCCCUCAACUGCUAAAAAAGUCCGUGGAAGACGAAAGGCCCGUCGUGUGGAGGACAGCAGUGAUAGUGACUGGCCUUGAUGACAUUUUUGCGGCGUCUUGUAUAUAGCUUUGCCCUGGUGGACACAGUGGGUGUUCUGGAAGUUGGUAAUAGUUUUCUCUUUCGAAACAAAAUAUCUUUGUAUUUAAUUAGACGUUGGGGAUCCCGUGGGGAACUCCACCUGCGAAGGGUAAUCGAACGCUCAUUUCUCCUGUGUUAUCUGUACAGUCAGCACAAUGACGGCUGGAUAUGACUCGCAAAGGGUGGAUCUUGGGAUCCUUAUGGCACUAUGGGUACCUCAAAGACGUCGGGAGUGGCCCGAGUGCAUGAGUUCCCCAUUUACUGUUUACGAGUUUCCCUAGUUCUGACAAGAGUUUUGGUAUGGGGAACGUUCUUUGAAGUAUGUAAUAUUAUACAUUAAAUUGAAUCUGCUGAACCACU